AGACCUUUAAGGCUCGACUAAGGAUGGACAGGUACAUGAGUGAUUGGCCACUUCCAUUGAAAAUAGUACCAAAGUCAGGCCUUCAUUGGACGUACGGUUUAUCCCCACGGUGCCCCACGCAGGCUAUAUAGAAGACCCCUCAAGGAAUUUCAUCUUCAGAACUGAGAGUCAGUGUCAAAGUAAUCUACCUGGAAAUAUCUAUGAUGCAGUACAAUAAAUUCGUCGCUCUUUGCUUGGUGGCUAUCACCUUGGGCCAAGCUGCUUCACUACCCCAACAUCCUGUCUAUCAUCCUGAACAGUAUGCCCAGCAGCAGGUUAACGCUAGAGAUGAAAGAAAAUUCGCUGAAAAACCAAAUGCGAUGAAGAAAGUCGCUCUUGAUGACAUUGAUGAUAUUGGUUCUAAUCAACUUCAGGAAACAAAUGGGACUGGAUUUUCAUGGUCAAAUAUGUUGGGAAUGGUGAUGCAAAUGUUACUGGGACCAACAGCCAGUAUCACCGGACCAAGCAAGAAUGACAUCGAUGACGGUGCGCCUUCAAGCCCAUGGGCAAAUCUUUUGACAAUGGGCUUGAGAGUAUUGACAGCUAUCUUGGGUGGAAACCAACAAGCAGACGGUAUCGACAAAGUUGACCACAGUCCUAUGCAGGGCAUAUUGACAGCGGUGCUGGGUGCGUUUCUAGGACAGGGAAGACAUCCUGAUCAGGUGGCUACCAUGGCAAAACAAGCUACUGAGCAGUUUAUAAACAUUGUAAUGAACUUAUUGGAUGCAUUAAAGACAUCAUUCUCCCAUCGUUCAUUGACUGCACGAUCAUUGGGUAAACGUGAUGGUAUGUCUGAGGCUGCUGUUGCUUCUAUCACAAUGUUAAAGGGUUACAUGAGAUCGAUGAAAUCCUUCAGCAAUGUUGGCAGAAUGGAAGAGGAAGGACAAAGAGGAUGUGCUGAGCGUGCAUUAUGUGAAGCGAGUGCUGAAUGUGUUGCUGACAGCCAAGGAACAUCAAUGAUCUUCUGUCAACUUGGUUCAUACGCCACGAGUUAUCUUCUUCAACGACAAAGUGGUGUUGGUUUUGAGGCACUCUUCGAAGCAGGCAGACGUGGAAGAUCCGGAGAAGAUUGCAGAACACUCUUCAUGGACUGUAAUGCCGUCUGAAUGAAUCUUCCACAAUCAUUAUCAUAUUAGGUCAAUAAUACUCGUAAUGCCGAUUGCACUAGAUAAUAAUUUAAUAAUUUAUUUCAUUAAUUAUUAAAACAAAACAAUAAUCACAAUUAUCGCGUUGCGCUAAAAUUACCAUUAUUACUCAAUCAUUUGUUUUCGUAGACUGAGCAAACUUCGAAGCUUAGCUAAACCUUUAAUUCAUGUAUUUUAUUUAAUGAGUUUAACUAAACUUCGACGAAUCGAGCUAAUUUUUAUUUAUUACUUAACUAUUAUUAAUAUUAUUAUUUAUAUUUAUUUGAUCGAUUUUAUUGUGCGCACUAUAUAUUUUUUUCCAAAAGAAUAGAGUAUAUUUAUAGUUGUAUGCAUGAUGCAAGUUUAUUCACGUGGUAUUAUUUAACGUCUGCCGAGAAUAAAUUUUUUUAUUUAUUUGCGAGAGGAAGAUUAGCUGAGAUUAGCUGGCUUCGAAGUAGACAGGCAAAUAAUUGGCUUAGAUUAAAAUUCACAGUCAUUAAUUAGUUUUAUUACUAAUUAAUGGAAUUUUAAUUGAGGAUUAGCCCUCUCUUUUACAAAAGUUAGUAUCUCAGGACGAACUUUGUUUACUGAAAAUUGUUAAAAUGUAUAUAUUUAUUUUCUUUUUAUUGUUUCAUUGUCAAAAUACGAGACAUUAUUUAAAUUAGUUUUUUUAGAUAAUAGAAUGUAAUUAAGUUGUAUGUACGUGUAGUGUGAUUGUAAUCAAUAAAAAACAAUAUUUCAUA